AUGUCAACUGGAAGGGUACGGACGAAAAAAAAGGCAUGUCCUCCAGAUCAGUCUCCCGACAACCUUCCUGUGAGGAGUUCUGGAAGACAGGUGAAGAAGAAAGCAGCUGAAGCAGCAGAUGAUGAUGAUGAAGCAUCAGAGAAGAAAUAUAGGAAGUGUGAAAAAGCUGGAUGCACUGCAACAUGUCCCGUUUGCUUUGCCAGUGCGGCUGAAAGAUGUGCUAAAAAUGGGUACACGUCUAGAUGGUAUCAUCUUUCCUGUGGGGAACACUUCUGCAAUGAAUGUUUUGACCACUACUAUCGAAGCCAUAAAGAUGGUUAUGAUAAAUAUACUGCCUGGAAAAGGAUUUGGACAAGUAAUGGUAAAAGUGAACCCAGUCCAAAAGCCUUUAUGGCUGAUCAACAGCUUCCUUACUGGGUGCAGUGCACAAAGCCAGACUGUGGUAAAUGGCGUCAGCUGACAAAGGAAAUCCAGCUGACGCCACAAAUAGCAAAAACCUACAGAUGUGGUAUGAAACUGAACAAUUCCACCAAGGCUGAGGGCUCAGACCAGUGUUCCAUGCCUGAGGACUUGAGAGUGGCUGAAGUUUCAGACCAUUGGUGGUACUCCAUGCUCAUACUCCCUCCUUUGCUGAAAGACAGUGUGGCAGCUCCCUUUCUAGCUGCAUAUUAUCCAGACUGCGUGGGCAUGAGUCCAUCCUGUACCAGCACUAAUCGGUUACCUGGUGAAUCCAACCUUGUGAAGUUAGAGCACUUAAAGAGCGUGCCUAAUUUGACUGUUGCAGGCAUGAACAAGUAUUUCCAGCCUUUCUACCAGCCCAAUGAAUGUGGGAAAGCACUUUGUGUGAGGCCAGAUGUCAUGGAACUGGAUGAGCUCUAUGAGUUCCCAGAAUAUUCAAGAGACCCUACCAUGUACUUGGCGUUGCGAAACCUCAUCUUGGCACUGUGGUACACAAACUGCAAGGAAGCUCUUACCCCUCAAAAAUGUAUUCAUCAUAUCAUUGUUCGGGGGCUCGUGCGCAUUCGCUGUGUACAGGAAAUGGAGAGGAUCCUUCACUUUAUGACCAGGAAAGGGCUAAUUAAUACAGGGAUUCUGUCAGUCAGUUCUGACCAGUACCUUCUUCCUAAGAAAUACCACAAUAAAUCUGUCAUUAUUGUUGGGGCUGGUGCAGCAGGAUUAGCAGCAGCCAGACAACUGCACAACUUUGGAAUUAAGGUCACUGUGUUAGAAGCUAAAGACAGAAUUGGUGGCCGAGUGUGGGAUGACAAGACAUUCACAGGAGUCACUGUUGGAAGAGGUGCACAAAUUGUCAAUGGAUGUGUCAACAACCCGAUGGCACUAAUGUGUGAGCAACUUGGCAUUAAAAUGCACAAACUAGGGGAGAAAUGUGACUUGAUCCAGGAAGGUGGAAGGAUAACAGAUCCCACUAUUGAUAAACGUAUGGACUUUCAUUUCAAUGCCAUCCUAGAUGUCGUCUCUGAGUGGAGAAAAGAUAAAACACAAUAUCAAGAUGUUCCUCUUGGUGAAAAAAUACAAGAGAUCUAUAAAGCCUUUAUUCAGGAAUCUGGUAUCCAGUUCAGUGAGCUGGAAGAAAAAGUGCUGCAGUUCCAUCUCAGUAAUUUGGAGUAUGCCUGUGGCAGCAAUCUCUCUCAGGUAUCUGCACGCUCAUGGGACCACAAUGAAUUUUUUGCCCAGUUUGCUGGAGAUCACACUCUUCUAACUGUGGGAUAUUCAACUGUGAUUGAAAAGUUGGCAGAAGGGCUGGACAUCCGGCUGAAUUUCCCAGUACAGAGUAUUGACUACUCUGGUGAAGAAGUGCAGGUCACUACUGCAGAUGGAACAGUGUGGACAACACAAAAGGUAUUAGUGACUGUACCACUGUCCCUUCUUCAGAAAAAUGCCAUUCAGUUUAAUCCUUCACUGUCAGAAAAAAAAAUUAAAGCCAUUAAUAGUUUGGGAGCAGGAGUCAUUGAGAAGAUUGCCUUGCAGUUUCCAUAUAGAUUUUGGGACAGUAAAAUUCAAGGAGCUGAUUUUUUUGGUCAUGUUCCACCCAAUUCCAGCCAACGCGGGCUCUUUAGUGUUUUCUAUGACAUGGACUCAGAGGGCAAAGAAAGCAUUUUAAUGUCAGUGGUCACUGGAGAUGCUGUGGCAACCAUUAAGAAUUUAGAUGAUCAACAAGUCCUGCAACAGUGUAUGACUGUACUCCGAGAGCUGUUUAAGGAGCAGGAGGUUCCUGACCCAGUGAAGUUUUUUGUCACUCGGUGGAGCAAUGACCCUUGGCUCCAGAUGGCUUACAGUUUUGUGAAAACAGGGGGCACUGGCGAAGCUUACGACAUUAUAGCUGAAGAUAUACAAGGAAAAAUAUUUUUUGCUGGUGAAGCCACAAAUAGGCACUUUCCUCAGACCGUUACAGGAGCUUACUUGAGUGGGGUUCGCGAAGCAAGCAAAAUAGCAGCAUUUUAA